AUGAACUGGCUCUUCAGCUCCGCGCGAUGCGCGGACGCGACGCCGACGGGGACGCCGCCCCCCGCGGCGCCGCCGUUCACCCCCCCCGGCGCCGCCGUCUCCGGCCUCCCCGCGGACGCCGCGCCCGCCAAGAAGAAAACGAACUUCAUGGAGCUUCCGACGCCGGUGAAGUACGAGGAGCUCCAGAGGGAGAUCAUGAUGUCGCUCAAGGCGGAUCACUUCGAAGGCGGCCGGUUCGACUUCAACAAGCAGCUGAACCAGAAGUUCUUCCUGUCGCACAGCGUCUUCAUGGGCUCGAUCGAGGUCCCCGCGCAAGGGAACCAGAUCAUCAAGAUCCCGAACGCGACGUACGAGUUCGGCGCGAACGUCGUCGAUCAAAAGUACAUGCUCGUGGGACGCGCGCUCACCGACGGACGGCUGAGCGGACGCUUAAAGUACGACUUCAACGACGCGAUCAGCGCGAAGAUCCAGACAUCGAAGGAGCCCGGGUUCUCGCAGGUGAUGAUGGACCUCGACUACAAAGGGCUCGACUGCCAGGCGCAGCUCAAGCUCGGCAACGGGCAGUUUUACGGCGUCAACUACCUGCAGUCGGUGAGCGACGCGCUCGCGCUCGGCGGCGAGGGGUUCUACCUCGGCGGGCAGCGGAAGUCCGGCGUCGGGUUCGCGGCGAGGUACAACGACGAUAAGACGGUCGCGACCGGCCAGGUCGCGACGACCGGGUUGGUGUCGCUCACGUACACGACCAAGGUGAGCGAGAAGGCGAUGUUGGCGUCGGAUUUCAUGUGGAACUGGAACGCGCGUCAGGCGCAGGCGUCGGUGGGGUACGAUUACAUCUUGCGACAGAGCCGUCUGAGGGGGAGGAUCGACAACACCGGGGUCGUCUCCGCGUUUUUGGAGGAGCGCUUGAACGCGGGGUUCACGCUGACGUUUAGCGCGGAGAUCGACCACGCGAACAAGAACCACAAGUUCGGGUUCGGGAUGACCGUCGGGGAGUGA